AUGCGAGAACGAACAGGCGCUGUUCAGACUCAGAGUCACAAUCACCACCGCGCGACCGCACGCCCACCCCGUCAUCACCACCACCGCCGCCAUCACACGUCGACGUCAACGUCAACUCCCGCGUCGUCCGACACGAUUCACGUAGUACAUCACGCCCUCAACAUUGGUGCCCACGGUAGCAAUGCGUCUCCGGCGAGAGACGCUGCCAGUGAGCCUGCCAGGAAGAAACGGAGACUGAGCCCUCGAGCCUCAGACCACAAGCCGCUGGAGGCCUUUGGCUUUAGUAGGACGACACAGCCGAAGCCGCCCACCAAGAUCACGCGCGAUGAGCCUCACGGCCCACUACAACAGACUCUCAAUGGGGUCCGUAGUACGCUGGACGUUGACGAGAAUGAAAUUCUGCCUCCCCCCGUGCCGACCCCAGUGCCCAAGCGGGUCACAAGAUCUCCUGCGCCAGUGCCACCUGCUCCAACAGCACCACCAGCGAGGGAGGAGAAGCAGACGAAGAAGAAGGAAGAGAAGCGCACGCUGAGGAGUCAAGAUGAGGGCCCACGGCUGAAGAGUGAGCUGGCCGUGUAUUUCCCCAAUUACGAGGAUGUCAUGUUCGAUGUGCCAGCUGAAGACGAGGACUUCUUGACCGUGGCCUCGACGCUCUACAUUGCAGACGACACCGCGAAGAGGAAGGAUGGUGAGCCGUCGCCAGCCAAAUCUGGGAAAGCAGAUUCCAAUGGGCGGCGGACUUCGCUCAAUGGCACUCGAGCCCCAGCAACACGACAGCGACCAGUUUCGAGUAUGUCGAAUUCCAGUCCCAGUGUUAACCUCGAAUUUCUGGCAAAGACUUCGAGUGAGACUCCAGAAGAUCCCCUUACAGACGCUCAUUUCCUCAAAUCACACAAUCGUGCGGAGAGAAAAGAAAAACAGCUUAGGAACAUCGAACGCGAGCGCGCAAUGCAUGAGAAAGUGCAGCUGGAUAGGCUUCUAGACGGCUUACAAGGUCACGACUGGCUUCGAGUGCUAGGCAUCACCGGAAUCACAGAUGGCGAAGCAAAAAAGUAUGAACGAAAGCGAAAAUAUUUCAUUGCCGAAGUACAAGCAUUGAUCGGCAAAUUCGCUCAAUGGAAAGAACAGGAGAAGAAACUCCGCCUGCGCAAAGAAGCCGCUCAGGCUCGACUCGACGCCAUAGAUGAAGCCGCAAGUACCGCCAGCAGUAUCGACCCUCCCAGCAGUGAUUUGAAUGCUUCGGCAUCAAGACAACUCCAGCAAGAGACCGUGAACGCUGUCAAAGCGUCCACUUCCAAAGCAAAAGGCAGAAUGUCCUUGUAUGCUCCUUCGCCAGCCUCCCGCGCCUCUACACCCGUCCCCGACCGGGCUGAUCCAGUGCCUCGCACCAUGCUGCCACCAAGUCCCGAGAUUCUCAUGACCAGCUUCUACGCCAAACGCCACUUGCGAGACGCCGCACUUAGUAAGUCGCGAUCAACAGCGAGGAACGUGACCGCGUUCGGACACCCCGUGCCCGAUCUCGAUGAACAGGAGUUUGCUCUACCGAAGGAAUUCGUCACUCCCGAUGCGUUGCGAUCGAAUGCGAGGGACAGGAGACGGCGGAAGAGGGAGAGUACUACCGCCACGAAGUGAAGUAAUGUGAUUUGCGAUGCAUUCUUGUGUGUGCCUCUGUAUUAGCGUGUACGAUGAAGGGAGGGGGGAACGACGAUUUUGGAUUUUCUCUUUUUUUUCAACAUUGCACGGAGUUGACAGAAAAGGACCUGUCCGGUGUAUGCGUGCUAAGGACUGAUUGACUGACCAACUGCCAGUGACUGGGUUGCAUAAGGGGGGGGUGUUUUUGUACGAAUAAUCAAUUCAUUUUUUUGCGGUCUUUGGAGUCAUAGCAUAGGUGAGUAUAGAUUAUGUACCUUACAGGUAGCCAGUCUG